UUAUUCGUGUCCGCCAGGCAUGCGUAACGUGAUGAAGUAACGCAGCCGCUUGCACGGCAACGAAUCGAGAUGAUCACUUGUUCCUUUGCUGAAUAAGACUCACUAGCAAAGUUUCAGCCGGAAAUCUGUUUUUUCAUUUUCGCCUUCAAGAUGCUGCUUCUACUCGCUGCUCUAUCCUGCAUUAUUCAACAUUCCUUUGGCUAUAACCUAGAGACUGAAUUACCAGUAAUUAGACGAGGUGAUACGGGGAGCUAUUUUGGAUUUUCUGUUGCCAGCCACUCGUAUGAGGAUCUUUUCACGACGAAGAGGAAUCAUUCUUGGAUUCUGGUCGGUGCCCCUAAAGGCAACAGUUCGGUUUUGCCGCAAAUUGAAAGUCCCGGAGUUGUAUACAAAUGCGAUUUUGCUACAUAUCCGCAGUGCUCAGAGCUGGAACUUGUCAAUAGAGGAAAUCAAAAUGGAGAUAGGAAAGAAAAUGGUUGGUUUGGAGUUUCUGUCAUGAGUGAAGGACAUGAUGCUGAUGUUGUGGCAUGCUCUCAUCGACUACUUCAUAUAGAGGGCUCCUUCUAUACCUACCCUGGUCGUUGCAUAAGGGCACCAAUUGAUGAUGGAGAUGUGGGAAGGAGGAAAACAUUAGACUAUUGUGAAUCAAGAAAUCAAAAUCAGGCAAAUCAAGGAGGUUCAACCACAAUAAAUUUCAAAGAUCACAAAUAUUGUCAAAUGGGAGUUUCCCUUGCCCACUUAAAGGCUGACAAUGUGCAGCUGAGUGAAAAUGUGCCACUGGUAGGAGCUCCUGGAGUGUAUAACUAUCAAGGGGAAUUUAUUUAUCACAGUAGAGAACAGAAGGAAGUCUACAAAGAUAACAGUCCAUAUGGAUAUCAAGGUUAUGCACUUGCCCAGGGAAGCUUUUUUAAAAAAGGUGCAAAUGAUGUUGCCUCUGGUGCACCUAGAUUUGACCACCAUGGCAUGGUGGCAGUGUUCAGAAACUUAGGAUCAGGAAAUUUCCAAAAAGAUCCCACACUCCUCUUGCCUCCAGUUGAAGAUGGUGCAAAGGGCAGUAGGCAACCUGGAACUGGAUUUGGGAUUGCUCUGUGUGCUGAGGACCUCAACAAUGAUGGACUUUCAGAACUUUUAGUUGGUGCACCUUUCUAUUCUGAUGAUUUAUACCCUGAGCAAGGAAGGGUGUAUGUGUAUGAAAAUAAAGGAAAUGGAAAUUUGGUUCUUUCUCACAAACUGCCCACAGGUGGAAGGAAGGAUCGCUGGAGAGCAAAUUUUGGACGCGCCCUUGCUUCUGUUGGUGAUAUUGAUCUUGAUGGAUAUCAAGAUGUUGCUGUAGGGGCUCCAUAUGAGGAUAGUGGCGAGGGUAUAGUUUACAUCUACAGAGGCUCAGAAAAAGGCCUUGUUGAAACACCAAUGCAGGUUAUCAAAGGUUCUUCUGUGUCAGCAGGUAUUCAGUCAUUUGGAUAUUCCGUUUCUGGAAUACUUGACUUGGAUACCAAUGGCUACCCAGAUGUUGUUAUCGGAGCUUAUCAAUCAGAUGCUGCAGUUCUUCUCAGGGCAAAGCCUGUCAUUUCGAUGUUGUCAACAAUCACAAUAAGCCCAGACACAUUUGACAUCAAGGGCCGUAAGACCUGCAAUGAAACUGAACGGGAAGGAAAUAAACAAUUUGCCACAUCGUGCUUUGACAUUAAAGUUUGUACAAAAUAUACUGAGAGAUCAGGAAAAGUGAAAGAAAAAAUAGGUGUACUUCUAACUAUGAAGUCUGACACAGAUCCUGAGUGGGAAGCAGACUCAAGAGUUUUGUUCCAAAAGAAUCAGAAAAACGAAAUUAAUCGAACGGAGCCAAUAGGUGGCAAUGAUACUUGCUUUUUCUGGUUUGCUUAUAUAAGGGAAGGGGUGACAGAUGCAGAUGUUUAUCCUGACAUCCAGUUUACACUGACUUAUCAGAUUGUGAAGGAACCAACACCAAAUGUCAGUGACCCUACAGAUGUACCCUCACUUGUCCCAUUUGCAGUUUUUGAUCCUUUGAAGCCACAGCAAGCCACCGCAGUUCUUUCAUUCAAGAGAGAUUGCAAGAAGUGUGUUCCUGAUUUGAAACUUGAUGACAAAGAGAGUAAACGAACACUUGCUGUUGGUGCUAAAAACUACAAGUUGGCAGUUACAGUAAAGAAUGAAGGAGAUGAUGCUUACAAUGCAAAGUUGUUUGUAACAAUCCCUAAAGGAAUAAAAAUAGGAAAAAUCUUCAGUGUUGAUAAAGAAAUAUUUAAAGGAAAAGCUGUUGAAAUAACAACACUGGCCUCUAAUGACACCUUUGUGACUGUUAAGCUGAAUACUCCCUUCAAGAAGAAAGAGCAACCAAUUCAAAUUGAUUUAGACACCUCAAGAUACAGUGACACUCCAGAUUUCCUGCCAAUACAUCUUAGCACAAACAGUACAAAUGAAGAGGACAGCAACACAUUAGCUGACAACUAUCGCUUUUUGAAUAUAUCUAUCAAGUCACAGGCAGACUUGGAAAUUAAUGGUACAACAGUUGAAGAACAAGUUGCCUAUGGAGGCAAGGUUGUUGGUGAAAGUGCCAUGGUUAAUGCAGAAGACAUUGGUAAUGAGGUCAUUCACAAGUAUUUUGUGAAAAAUCGUGGUCCAGAUCCAGUUCCCCACACCGAAGUAAUAAUAGAGUGGCCUUUUGAAGCACCAAGUGGGAAACAUUUACUUUACCUCAUGAAUGUUAAGGUUGAUGGAAAUAGGGCUUAUUGUGAGAAAAAACCUGGGCAACUGAAUAUGCUUGGUUUAAAGACAUCAUCUGGUGGCAGCUCAGGACAGCAACAGAAUGACACAUCAGUUGACGCAAUGGUAGAAAGACGAAGAAGGCGUGCAGUGGAAAAGACAGAGUCAAGUUCCAAAGUCAAAAGAGAAACUGACCCUAAGAAGCCAGAGAAGCUUCAGUCUGACCUGGACUGCAAGUUAGGAUCUGCAAAGUGUACAAAUAUACAUUGCACUAUCAAAUUUUUGGAAGCUGGUGAUGAUGUGACAUUUACAGUUAUAUCUCGUCUUUGGAAUGGUACCAUGAUAGAGGAUUAUCAAGGUGAAUUGUUAAGAGUAAUAUCCCAUGCAAGUGUAAGAUCAACUAAUACUUUUGUGCAAGAAACUAACAAGGAAAACAACAAAGCGCAGGUUGGUACUCAACUAAACCCAGAUGCCAAUGUUGCAGUUCCUUCAAAGGGUCUCCCCAAAUGGGUUAUACCAGUCUGUGUAGUUAGUGCUGUUCUUCUCUUGGUACUAAUAGUCUUUUGUCUGUACAAGCUUGGUUUUUUCAAGCGACAAAAGUUUGACAAGAAUAUUACUGACCCAGAAGAAAUUGACAGAAUGUUGGAUAAUGGCAAGGGAUACCAUGCUUAAAUUUGUUACAACAGACAGUAAUCUUCCUAAAGUAGACUAGAUUUGCAAACAAUAUGGACAGAGUUACAGAGGUGCAUGGGUACAACUUGUUUUGCAUUAUUACAGAAUGAGUUGGUUAGACCUCCAGACCAGUGGUGUUCAGCAACAGAAAGCUGUAUCACUCAUUUGGCUGAUGGUAGGGAACAAAUUCUAAGAGGGCCUGAACAUGUGAUCCUCUUUGUGUGCAUCAAGGGCUUGCCAAAAUCAAGCUUUCACUCAGACUGUUUUCUAGACUUAGAUGAUCAUCUAAUUUAUUGUUAUCUUGUUUGAUAACGGUUGUCUAUAAAUCCCUAUUUAAAGUUGGCAGGAGACAAAUUCCUGUCAUUUCAGUUACUAACAAGAACCAACUUUGCUGUAAGCUUAAAAGCACACAUCAGUUUGGACACUGCGUGGGAGAAACAUUUAGCUUUUAAGACCUUUGAUGCGUAAAGGUGGUUUAAGCACAUGCAAGUAUUAUGAUAUCAUAGUGCAAGGUGUUCAUUAAGAAAUGCAGUAUUAGAAAAAGUAUUCUCCACAUCUUGGUAGAAGGGCAUAGAAUCUUUGCCAGAAAAUUCCCUGAUCCCUGAUGGGUAGUAAAUACUAUGUAGUGAAAGCUACAAGAAGAGGCAGAAAUUCCAAGAAGCACAUAGGGCUGACUGAAUAUCAGUUGUGGUCAUAAUGGUAUUAUGACUCUUGGAUCAGCCUCAAACACCUGUGAGAUUCAUUCUUGUAGUAGAUACAAUCAGACGUUGGUUGAGAAGUAGUUAAUAAGAUGUAAAUUUUAACCUUAAAUCACAAGUACUUUUUUUUUUAUACAAAAUUACACUUUUAUUGGUAUAAUUCUUUGGACAUUUGGCUUGUCUUAAACCUUUAACCCAUCCCAACCCAACCUCCAGCUUGACUACUAGCUGAGAAGUUGGGUGAUAAAAGUAAAGAAAGUCUAAAGGAAACCAAUUUUUGUAUUUUUGUCUUGGCCAUUUUUUUUCCUGAAUCAUUUGAUUUCUUUGGAUCCUUGAGUAUAAUUAUCUGUUGGGCUAACCUCUCAGACUUUUUUUUUAGUCUCUUAGUUUUAGAACCUUUCUGUGUGAUUUUCCUUUGGAUGCCAUGUUUGCCCUCAGUGGUACAAGUAGUGUUAUGAAGAUAUGUGCUGCAGUGAUAACUAAUCUGGGGCAAAAUUAUAAAUUGUGUGAAAAAGGGGGAAAGGCAAUUCUUUUUUGAACAGCAUUAUAAAUAGAUCAGUAGGUGAACAUAAUCAUUUUAAAUAAAGCAGAUGAAUAUAUAUUCAUUACUGCUUAUAAAGAGAGAAGAUUGUGACCAAUUUGAUUGGUUGCUAUACUUUAUUGCGGUAAUGUUAAUUUUUAUUUGAUGCUAACGUGUUUUAUUUUUGACAUUUUUCUAAAGUUGUUUUUCAUGGCAUUUGUUAAGGGUAGCUAGUUAAUGGGUACAUUUCUUUUGGCAUGGCAUAGAUUUUUGUAUGCUUAUCAUUACAAGGUGUCUAAAGGAGGAUGUUUAUACAAAGAGCUCAUUUUCAUUUUUUAUGCCUUUUGUUUGUCAGAAUAGACAGUAUGAAUGCUAAUUAAUUAUUUGCCUUAUUUUUACUUUAAUUAAAUAGCAUUUUCCUCCAAAGAAGAUGUAUUUUUCACAAGAUAACCAAACCACAUAUUGUUUGUAACUGUUAACAGUGUAUAUACCAGUAUCUUCUGUAUGUCCUCUAAAUUUUUUAUAUAACAUUUGUUUUAGAGUUUUUUUUUCAGUUUGAAUGAUGAAUCAAAGGAAAGGCAGUACAUGAAGGGUUAUAAUCAAUACCUAACUUUUUUCAAAAGUUAACAUUAAAGAAGCCACACUGUUUCAACCCUGUAACCCCUAAGAUCUGAUAAAGUCACUGCGGUUCUUCUUUCUGGUGAAUAUACAGUUCUUUGUAAAAUAACUGCGCCAAUUUGUUGUUACAUUACCAUAUGAUCCUCUAGAAAAUGAAAUGGCAUUUUCUCUUCACUUUUUUGGUGGAUAUGUAUUGAAAUUGAGAUGAGAAGUUACAUAUUUUUCUCUUUCUGAGGUUUAAGGGCUUUGACAAAAACAAAAAAAAUUGUGGGUUCACUACACAAGAAUGCACCAUAUGCCUCAUUUGCAUAUUAGUGGUUGCUUAGAUAAGACUUAAAUGCUUUUUAAUGAAAACUCUGACAAAUAGCAUUGUUAAAUAGUUGCAUUAGAAAUUUGAAAAUAUUAAAUA